AUGACGUUUUACACAAAGCUAGCAUGGAAAAGUCACAUUGCUGAAAUGACAGAACCAGUCUCCAAUAGACUGAAUGUACUGAGGCGUCUUGCUGGUAGCGUAUGGGGCUGUGCACGCACAACUCUUAACACAACUUACAAGAUGUUUAUUAAGCCAAUAAUGUUGCAUAUCUGUGAGCCACUCAUUAAAGCCACAGAGGUGACUCUCAAGUCACUCGAGAAGACACACAACCAAGCAUUUCGACUAAUUACUGGAGGGAUAAAAUCGAAAACCAUCGAUGCAAUGCUCCUGGUUACGGGGAGCACUACAAUAUGUUCCCUUCUCAAAGAAAAGGCCUUGAUUCUGUAUGUGAAGCUACUGCGCAUUCCCAUGGAUAAAUUCUUCAGCACCUAUGAAAAUGUUCUGAAAACGCAAUCUGGUCUAAUACAGAAAGCCAUAAAACUGAAGAAAGCAUUACAAAUCGAUGACAAACCAAAAGCCUCACUCUACCCAUGA